AUGGUGCAUGAACUAUUAACUGAGUACUUAAUUACAUACAAACUAUUAGAAAGCAAACGAAAUAUUGCCCUUGGUGCUUAUUUAUGCACACGAAAAAAUAACUUGCAACGUAAGAAGAAACUUGCUAGACAAAGACUUUUGAACAGAAAACCUAGAAGUUUAUGGGUGGAAAAGGGGAGAACUGAUUUAUUGUGGCAAAAUAUGAUUGGACCAGAUGUCCCUGAAACUUGCUGGAAAAGAAAUUUCCGAAUGACAAAGGGAUGUUUUCUAGAGCUUGCUGCUAUUAUAGAUACUGUUGUAAGUCCUCAAUCUAACUGUCCAAAUUAUCGUUUUUUAACUACACACAAAAAACUAGCAAUAACCAUUUAUUAUUUAAAGGAUACUGGUUCCCUUUGGAUGACAGCCAAUGUUUUCGGCAUCCAUCAAUGUACUGUUUCAAAAACUGUAAAAGUUGUAUGUGAUGCCAUAAAUAAUAUCGUUGGUCCUAUAUAUUUACAUCUACCUAAAAAUAAAGAGGAUAUGACCAAAUUAGCUUCACAGUUUGAAGUAAAGUUCGGCAUGGUACAAGCAUUUGGAUGCAUUGAUAGCACUCAUGUCCAAAUUAAACGUCCUAUUAAAAACAGUCAAGACUACUUUUGUUAUAAGCAAUAUUUUUCAUUGAAUGUACAAGCGGUAUGCGAUUGCAAAGGAUAUUUUAUUGAUGUUGAAUGCAAAUGGCCAGGAUCUGUACAUGAUGCAAAGAUGUUUACAAAUUCCACUAUCAAUAAAAAAUUAAUAAAAGGCACACUACCUCAAACAUUGUACAGUUUACCUAAUUACCAUUCAAUUCCUAACUAUCUGAUUGGAGACCCAGCCUAUCCAUUAACAAACUUUUGCAUAAAAGAGUUUCAAAGUUGUUCAAAUAACGAAGAAGUCAUAUUUAACAGCAUGUUACGCUCUGCUAGGAACCAGAUUGAAUGGUCUGUUAAAUUCUCGACACCUCUUAUAUUUGCUUUUGGACUAGAAUAA